AUGUUGCCGGCCACCCUACUGCCGCUGCUGCUCGUCCCCUCGGCGCGGGCAUGGACCGUCCCGGCCUACAUGGACCUCGCCAGUCCGCCGCGCUGGACGACGGACAUCGGCGAUCAGUACCUGGUCAAGAAUGGCGAGUUCCAGAAGGGGUUCGUCAACGCGGAGGCGUCCUGCAUGCAUAAGCCGGUCCCGACUAAUGUGACGCGCUCCUACUUCCCCAUCACCGGGGGCUCGAUCCGCUUCGACUUUGUCAACUUGACUACCGUUUCGACCGGGGAUGCUUUUCUCAUCGACAUGUACUUCAACGACGACCCGUGGGGGGAGAAUCCGGACUUCAAGUCGGGCUCGUUGAAGCGGAUGCAGUGGUGGAGGGGCUUUGGCAACGGCAUGAGCUGCCAUGUCCCAGUGGAUAUGACUGAGCGAUUGACGGAUCCUACGAAUCAGACGGCAAUUGCGAGUUUAGAGGGGCUCAACGUGACCUUUGCCCUUCAGAUCCAGGACUAUAGAAACAACAGCGGCGUAUUCGAGCAGGUCGAUCAAUGCGCAUACGUGACGUUGACAUCAAAUACGACGUUGAUACCAAACGACACCCUCUCAUCGAGGGAAUUAACUGAAGAGGAGAUGUGUGGCAGAGUGAACCUAGACAAGCUGGGAACCACAACCACUGUAGCGGCUACUCCCUCCGCCACCUCCAAGACUGAGUCCAAAGCGGCCAGACAACUUCCCAUAUCACUUACUGCAUUGUGUGGAUUAUCGACAAUUCUUGUAUAUCUAACGUUUUGA